UAGCACUAAAGACGAUUAAAUGAUAAACAAGCCAACACCAACAUUCAGGGCAGCAAGCUCAUUUUUUCUUCUUCUUCUUGUUCACCUCUCAUUCUUAAAGGUGGUGAUUUCAAAGGAGGAGAGAGAAAAUUACAUUGUCCUAUUGGAAGGGGAGGGUGCAGCAUUCAAUGGUGGCUCCCAAAUUGCAUUUCCUGCUAAUGCUGCAUUACGAGAGACGGCAAGAAACCACAGUGCGGUAAUAAGGACAGAGAUGGUGAAGUCCCAUGAUCAGUUUUUGAUGAACAACUUGGAGAGUGGGAGUUACAAGAAGCUCUACAGCUUUCACCACCUUGUUAAUGCCUUCGCCCUUCAUACGACUCCUUCUCAGGUUGAAAAGAUUAACAAAGCCAAGGGGGUGAGGCUGAUAGAAAAGGAUAGAUGCAUGAAGCUGAUGACAACCUACACUCCUCAGUUUCUUGGGCUACCAACAGGGCCAUGGUCGAAAGGAGGCAAGAGUAGAGCAGGCGAAGGGGUAGUGAUCGGAAUAGUGGACACUGGCAUCUAUCCUUUCCAUCGCAGUUUUACAAACCACCCAUUCGACCCUUAUUGCUCUGACCUUCCUCGAUUCACCGGCACAUGUGACACGGGUCCCUUCUUUCCGAUUGGCUCUUGCAAUGGAAAGAUAGUGUCUGCUCGCUUCUUCUCGGCUGGAGCAUUAGCCGUGAUGCCUCUCAAUGCUUCUAGGGACUAUCUCUCCCCAUUUGAUGCUAGCGGGCAUGGGAGUCAUGUGGCUGCAGUUGCUGCGGGAAAUUCCGACGUCCCAGUGAUAGUUGAUGGAUUCAACUAUGGAAGCGCAAGUGGGAUGGCUCCUCGAGCAAGGAUUGCAGUCUACAAGGCAAUAUAUCCAGAUGUGGGAACUCUUGUUGAUGUAGUCGCUGCUAUUGAUCAGGCAGUCUCGGAUGGCGUAGACGUUAUGACGCUAUCCAUUGGGCCAGACGAGACACCGCAAGACACUCUUACUUUCUUGAGUGUGUUAGAUAUCAUCCUCUUAUUGGCACAAAGAGCGGGCGUGUUUGUUGUUCAGGCUGCAGGAAAUAAGGGCCCUAGUCCAUCCACUUUGGUAUCAUUCAGCCCUUGGAUCAUGACCGUGGCUGCAAGUUCCACCGACAGAACUUAUUCAGCCACCCUAGUCCUAGGAAAUGGCCUUCAACUUCAAGGGGUUGGCCUCUCAGAGCUUGCAGGUUUCAACAUUUCUAUUAGUCCUCCAUGGAAUAUGUUUAUCAAGCUACCUUUGAUAUUUGGCCAUCCCACAGGCCCAACCUUGGGGAAUGGAUUCUUGAAGUAUAGGCUUGUGUUUGCCAAGGAUGCUGCAAAAGUAAACAACUCAACAUUAGCAGAUGAGUGCCAGGAACCAAAAGCCUUGCAAGAGGGAUUAGUGCGUGGAAGUAUAGUUGUAUGCAACUUUUCAAGUGGCUUCUACCGUAGGACAUCAACCUUGGAUGCCAUCCUUGCCACCACAAAGUCAUUGGGUGCCAUGGGUUUUGUAUUUGCAGCAAACCCAACUUAUGGGGACUUUGUUGCUGAGCCAAUAACCUUCUCCAUUCCUGGUAUCAUGAUCCCUAGUGUAUCUUCUGUUGAGGCUUUGAUGCAGUAUUAUGCUGAGAAGACAGUGAGGAAUGAGAAAGGGGUGGUCCUGAAUUAUGGUGCGCAAGCAUCAAUAGUAGAAGGCAGAAGAGCUAAAUAUGGGGAUGAAGCACCAGUAGUAAGCAGCUUCUCUUCAAGAGGCCCUGACAUCAUUGAUGCACAUUUAAGCCUAGCUGAUGUCCUCAAACCCGAUAUUCUUGCCCCCGGACAUCAAGUUUGGUCAGCUUGGAGCCCUACUAGUGCCAUAGGUUCCAUACUUACAGGCUACAAUUUCGCACUAUUAUCAGGAACUAGCAUGGCAUGCCCUCAUGUGGCUGGGAUAGCUGCCCUCUUAAAGCAUUCAUAUCCCUCAUGGAGUCCCUCCAUGAUCGCCUCUGCCAUGAUCACAACUGCUUCUAAGAAUGAUAAUAAAGGUAAACCUAUCAUGGCUGCCCAAUCGCCCUUUGCAAAUGAGUAUCAACCUGCCACGCCUUUUGAUUUUGGAGGUGGCCUCAUCAAUGCUGCAGCUGCACUACACCCUGGACUCGUAGUCAACUCAGGAUUUGAAGAUUACAUCAGCUUCCUAUGCUCAUUACCGAAUGUAAACCAAGAAACAGUUAGAACAGCCACAGGAAGGGCCUGCAACAAUUCAAAAAGGUUUCCCUCCGAUUUGAACAUCCCCUCUAUAACCAUUUCGGCCUUAGUUGGGAAUAUAACUGUGCAACGAACUUUCAAAAAUGUAGAAAAUAGGACAGAAACUUACUUAUGCUCAGUGCUGCCACCGGAAGGAGUGGAGAUUCGGGUGUUUCCUACUUCGUUCACAAUAGACACACAGCUCACACAAGACCUCAAGAUGGAACUCAAAGCAACCAAACUACUCGAUGCAUUCAGCUUUGGAGAAAUUUUGUUGACCGGGAGCUUGGACCACAUUGUGAGGAUACCCUUAUCUGUGUUUCCUGUCUCUCUGACUUAAGAUGGAUUGAAAAAUUUGCAAUAAUCAUUUUCUUUGUGUUACUCAAGAGGAGUGAUUACCUUC